UGUGGAUCAUCGCUACGAAAAUCCACCUGCUGCUAGCUGCAGAUUGCUUGCUCGCUAUACCGCUGUCAAUCUAACUGUAACAUGGAACGUUUUACAUAAAAACCAAUUGAAAGAUUUCACUUUAUUUGGGAAGGAUCAUAAUAUAAAUCAGUCGAUUUUCGUGUGUGAUAUAUACUUUGUUAAAUCUUCGAGUAAGAAAUUUCGUGGAGAAUUAUGUCUGCUUCCGUGAAGUCAUUUCAAGGCGCGCCUUUUGGCACACAGAAAGCCAGGUUUGAUGUGUCUGGCGUUCAUCCCCAGAGUAAGAUGCCUGGAACUUACACUCAAGUCUGGUAUGAUAAGAAGUCUAUGCACAAUCUGAAAAGAAAGUUGGGUCCUGGAGUCUAUGCAGUAGAAGUAGGGAGUUUCAACGAAAAUGAAGUAGCACGGAAAGCAUCCGGUCCGGGAUGGUCGAGGGCUUACGAGACUGCUCGUAUGGCAGCGCUGCCCCAUCUACUACACAAGGAACAGUGGGAAAAGAAACGAAACAUUACAAGAAACCUUGGUCCAGGCUCAUACGAUAUCAAGGAUUUCCUUCAUGUAAUGGACGAUAGACCUUGUAGUACCCGGGGUAUAUGUCAGACCAGAGCAAGGAGAUUCAAACAAAACAAAACGACGGAAGUUCCUGGUCCUGGUACUUAUGGAGAAGGUGGUAUCCCUCACGCAGCAGUGGAAGCCAAGUCAAAAGUCUCAGCAAGUACAGUCGGUCUAUUAGAUGCUGGAUCAUCAACUCCAAGACACCUACCUACAGUGGGUUGCGAGCUUGGACCGGGAACCUACAGUAACAAGAGCUUCACAGAGGAACUGACUGGUAAGGUCACAAGUAACAGAGGACCCUAUGAUCUAUUUACUGGAGAGAGGAAUGCACCCAUCAAAACUGGUCAUCUUGCCAAAGCUGGUCAGCAUCCUCUUGGACCUGGUCAGUACAACCUGAAUUCGUUCUCCGAUAAAUGGCAAGACGAACACAAUUCAUGGAAAGGAAAACUAGGCAAGAUCUCUCAAUACCCAGACAGGCCGUCUGAACGCAUCUAUUGUUCUACACUCAGCCAAUGGCCAAGGAAAGGGACUGAUCCUGCCCCUGGUAACUAUACACCUAGAGAAUUGUCCAAGCCACAGGGUAAAAACCUUCCACCGUUCAUAUCAUCUGCCGAACGGUUUGAUAAACGAGCGAGGAAGUUCUUCACAGGACAGACGAAUCCAGUGGGUCCAGGACGUUACAACGUUCAACAUUGGCACGACGCUCAGCAUCAAAAUGGUCAUAAUAGUGUCUUCAACUCUAAGGUCAAGCGGGAAAGGACUAGCAGAGAUAACAUGAUGCAGGAGAGGAUCCAGGGUGUGAACACAGUGUCAAUGGGAAGUAAAAGCCAAUCAGCUGACUACGUCAGAGCAAGAAGGACCAUCUAUGCACAGCAAACAUAAAAACACUAUAAAAUAGGAAAAUAAUUUUGAACUGCAAUGGACAUCAAGUAUGAUGUCAUUUAAAGUGACAGUGUUAAGAUGACAGGAUGAUGAUCUUGGUUCCGGCUCUCUGCAAUGAACAUUCAAAAUCUUUUUAAACUGAUGUUAUGCAAAUUCUGAUCUCACAGUUAAGACCUUGAAGUGAUGAAAAAAGAUCUUCCCAAAAUUUUAGGAAUGAUUCCUUGUCAAUUUGGCAACAAUUUACCCAUUAAGUCAUUUCUACUUUUGUGAGCAUUUGUGUAGGACCACCUGUGUCAUAGAACCAUCUGUCAAUAAAGACAAGCUUAGCAACAUCCAUCAACCAUCAUCAUCACAAUCAUCAUUAUCAGUCAUCAUCAACAUCACUAUCAUCAUCGCAAUCAUAAUCAGUCAUCAUUAUCAACAUCACCACCAUCAUCAAACCCAUUAUACUGCAAAACUGGAAAUUUGAUGUAAAUACUAGGAGUGGAAGAUUAUCCUACCCUUUUAAUGAAAUGGUACCUUUGGUGUGAUUUUGUAAAUAAAAAUGAAUAUACCUUGCCAUAAUAAUGUAUUUAUUGACUGGAUAGGAGUCAUUUAUUGGGUUAAAUUAUGAUACUCGUUUUGUUGGUUUAAUUGCUCAACUACUUUCUAGAAAAAUUAAUGGCUUUUUGAGAGGUGUACCUGGCCUAGCAACCAUGUAUGAGAUUCUGUUUGUACUGCUAUAUAGUAUGGUGAUAGGAAAUAUUUUGUUCAGCAAGUGUGACUAAUGUUAAGAAUUCAUGAAAUUGAGUUGUGGAUUUCAUGAAUUCUGUUCUAUUGUAUUGGUCUCAAUGAGGUGAAAGAACCAUUUAAUUUCAGCGGGUGAUGAUGGUAGCAACUUUAUUUCAAUACUUGUGUUCAGUUAAUGUGUUGAUCCAUGUAGUCUACUUGCAAUGAUAAAGUUAAAGGAAUACUUUUUCAUGAAUAUUGAACGAGGAAUAUGGAACCAAGAAUUCCAUAGAAAUGUGGGCUCAAAUUUUUAUUUUUUUAUCAUGGGGGUGUUGCAUUAAGAUUUAAGUUGGACUAAAAAUGGACAUUCCAAGUUGCAUGGUAUAAAGCACAUCACUGUAUUUUUAAGAUCAUGCUUAGGAUGCUUGCUCUACCCCCGCAGGGCGGGUCACUUACCAUAAAUGUAUGAUCCGUAUGUGCCACGGUCGAGACCACCAUUUUCAGCCAAAAUUUCUCUUCCAGAGCAUCAUUUAGAAAGCCAUAGAAAUUCACAUUUUUUCCCCCAUUCCGGAGACCCUCGAAUUUGUGGUUUCUAGGAAGUGCCCAGUGCCGCUCAUACUCAGCACAGCACAAGCCAGCGAAAGCUCUGCAGAGCAAUUUGGAGGCAGCAGAUUGGGUCAUCGUGCAAAAACGUCAUGACCAAUGUCAUGCAACGCUCCAAAACAUAAAUUUAUGCCGUUCCAGAGCAUUGCAUUUUUAGCAAUCGUUGAUACUAAAGCAGUUCAGGGGGGGCAUUUCAUGAAAAGACUUGUCGGACGUUUUAUCCGACAAGUCCCAUUUUAUCCGACAAUUACCAUAGGAACAGUGUCUCUCAGCCAGUCAAAAUCAUGGAAAGAUGUCAGAUCUGACAACUUGUCGGAUGAAAAUAUUGAUAAAACGCUCCCCUGGAGACCCUAAUUUUAUGACCAAAAUUAAAUUCCAGAGCCCCUGAUUUUCAUUUUUUUGCGCAGCACAUAGGUAUCAUUUUAUAAUUGGAGUACCCCCUGGGGCUCCACCAUCAGUGAGAUUAUGCAUGAAACAACAAGUGUGUGUUAGAGACUAAGAAUGACCAAUAAUAAAGUCUUACUUUCAAUUUAGUGAAAUCUCACCGUGAAUUGAGACAAGGAUUAACGCUUACGGAUACCAUUCAAUGUCUUUCAGAGUUCAAAACUCUUAUCCAGGUAAAAUGGAAAUUCCUUCCAUUUUUAAAAUCAUUUUUAAUUCAAUGUAAUUAAUAUUCCUUUUAUGUCUUAAUUCAAUGUAAUGUGUACGAAAUAUUAGGUUUUCAAAAUAAAUAUUGAUCAUGCUAGGUAAAUUUUAAUAGAAAUAGAAAUGAUGGCGAUCUAUGUAGGUGAUUACAUACACUGUAAGCAUUAUAUAUUGAUAUAUCAUGUCAUGCUUGUAUAAAAUGUACUAGAUGUUUUAAAAGUCUAUUUUGUCAAAUAAAUCAUGAAAUGCUAUGCAUGCGCUUUAUUUAAUCUAUGCACAACGUACAUAAAGAAAUGUAAUCUUUGAAUGGGCAAUAUUUUUAGAUAGAAUAAAUACACAAGAAAUAAUAUA